AGAGGCGGAGACGCGGCCCGGCAGGGGCGGCACGGCGCUCGGAGCCCCGCGCCGGCCAGUGUGGGGAGCGGCGAGCAGGCGACGGCGCUGCAGCUGCGGCGCCUCCCAUCUCCGGGCCGCGCGUGGCCUCGCUGCCGGGAGCCGCGCCCCAGGUAUUUUUUCCAGAAAGAAAACAAAACUGAUACCUUACAUCCUGGAAGUUCAUUUAGGAAUCUUAAAUUAGGGACUUUGGACAUGGCUAAUCGAGGAGCAACAAGACCCAACGGGCCAAAUACUGGAAAUAAAAUUUGCCAGUUCAAACUGGUACUUCUAGGAGAGUCCGCUGUUGGCAAAUCAAGCCUUGUACUUCGCUUUGUGAAGGGCCAAUUUCAUGAAUUUCAAGAGAGUACCAUUGGGGCUGCCUUUCUAACCCAAACUGUGUGCCUUGAUGACACAACAGUAAAAUUUGAAAUAUGGGACACAGCUGGCCAAGAACGGUACCAUAGCCUAGCACCAAUGUACUACAGAGGAGCUCAAGCAGCCAUAGUUGUGUAUGAUAUCACAAAUGAGGAGUCCUUUGCAAGAGCAAAAAACUGGGUUAAAGAACUUCAGAGGCAAGCAAGUCCUAAUAUUGUGAUAGCUUUGUCAGGAAACAAAGCUGACCUAGCAAAUAAAAGAGCUGUUGACUUCCAGGAAGCACAGUCCUAUGCAGAUGACAACAGUUUAUUAUUCAUGGAGACAUCAGCUAAGACGUCAAUGAAUGUAAAUGAAAUAUUCAUGGCAAUAGCUAAAAAGCUGCCAAAGAAUGAACCACAGAAUCCAGGUGCAAACUCCGCCAGAGGACGAGGAGUAGACCUUACUGAGCCUGCACAGCCAGCCAGAAGCCAGUGUUGUAGUAACUGAACUCCAGUGUGAGCUUCCUGAAUGGCAAAAACCGUGGUGUGGGAGCAUCUAGCCGGCCCAAUGUGACUUCCAAAAAGACUUAUGGUAGAAUCAAGUUUCUAAUACUGAAUUAUUUUGAGUGUUUUGAACUUAAUUUUUAAUAACAUGCAUGUGUUCUUCGGACUAAUGUUUCAACAGUAGAAAGGGAAAAGAGAACUGUGUACAAUUUGUUGGUGGAAAGUGCAAGGGACCCACUCGUCUCCAGUGGGGGUGGAGCCACACUUAACCACCAGUCUCUAACCUGGCAUAAGAGUCAGGUGUGAAAGAUUCAAAAUUACUAGUGAGCUUUAGGAAAACAUUUUUAGAAGACUAAAAAUAUUUAUGCUUAGCAACAGAAGACAAGCAAAUGGUAAUUUCUUCUAUUGGCUAAAAAGUGUACAUUCCACAUAUUAAUAAAAUAAUCCUAAGAAAACAGUCCUACAUCUCCAGAAAGAAUGAAUAUUAGUGACAUCUUAUUCAGUCCUGUUAUUUCUUAAAAUCUGACUGAAAAGAAGAAGUCAUGUGUAACCCAAUCUUGUUUUAGGAAUAGAAAAACUGAUAAAUGCAUUUUAAUGGAUAGUGGUCGAACCUUCGUGUGAGCUCUUCAACAAAGUGGAAACAAACCAGGUGUCUGAUUUCUCUUUAAUCACUGUUGGCCAUUACAUAGAGGUCUGUCUGGAGCAGGGAGGGAGCUCUGGUUCCCUUGGGACAUGAUUAGUCAGUGCACUAACAAUUAUGUACAUUCAAACUUGAUUUUAAAUAUGAUCUUCAGCUGUACUGUAAAUAGAGUACUGCAUUGUCGUCUCCAUGUUUAUUAUUUUCUGUAAUAUUUAAGAAUUGCCUAAGCAUAUACAAAAUGUACAGUUACUAAAACAGCUAAUUAUUUCUGUCUUCCCCCUAUGAAAGGAAGGGGCUUUGCUGUUCUUACAUGGUUAGAACCUUAACACUGUACCUGCAAUUUGUAACAUAAGUAUUACAAUGUUAUUAGUAAUAAUCUUGAAACCUUGGUUUUCAAAGUCCAUUUUAUUUUGAUCAGUAUAUUGCACUAAUUAUUUUAGGUAUUUUCAUUGUAUGAAAUCUACCAUGUGUCAGAUGAUUUAAUCUAUUUAAGUGUCGAUCUGCUAGCAGAACUUGUACAUUUUACAAUAACUCAAAAUUAGUAAGGAAAACAGUUCACCAGUGUUUAGUUUUAUAUUGAGGUGCUCAGGUUGGAAUAAAGUGGUAUAAAAAGCAA